AUGACUCAUGAGCCUCGGGAGUGGAGUGAUGAGUUGAAUCGAAUUAUUUCUCAUAGUAAGGGAAAAGGAUGGAAGGCUGAUAUCCUUAAAUUGGCUGCUGUAGAGAUUAAAUAUGAGGUAGGGCGGUUUCAGAAUGACAAGUGCUUUAGUAAUAGUGCAGAUAACACCAAAAUAGUUGAUAGUAUUAUUUAUAUGAUAAUGUAUAGAAAGUGUUAUAGGAAGAGACUUAGACCUCAUAUGGCAAGGCUUAUGGUGUAA